AUGCAUGCUCCACCAAUCACUCGGAGGAUACGAAGUGAAUAUACACCUUGGCUAACGAAAGAUAUUAUGAAAAAAAUUAGGAACAGAGAUUAUCUAAAAAAAAAAGCAGUUAAGACUGGGUCUCUAAAUAUGCACCAAGCAUACAAAAAAGCUAGGAACGAGGUAACUAAAAAUAUUAAACAGGCCAAAGCCAAACACUUCAUACACUGUUUUGAAACAACCACCAAAAACCCACAAGAGAUGUGGAAAACUAUUAAUAAAUUGAUUAACAAGAAAUCAAAAACAACAACUAUUUCCGAAAUUAAAACUGAGAAUGGAAGUGUUACCGAUGCUAAAGAAAUUACAAAUGUCUUAAAUGACUAUUUUUGCAACAUAGGUUCAAAUCUGGCAGAAAACUUAGAAAGGACACCAAUUCAACCAUCUAGUUAUAUAGAUCAGAGUGAAACUGAAUUUAAGCUGCACUCUGUAACUGAAAAUGAAGUUUAUAAAUAUCUUUCCAAUGUUAAACCAACUAAAUCGACUGGUUAUGACCAAAUACCACCAAAAUUAAUUAAAGAUGCGGCUGGAGUAAUCAGUAGAUCACUAACAAAAAUUUUUAACGAAUCUAUUGUAUCUGGAAUUUUUCCUGAUGAUCUAAAAAUAGCGGUGCUGUCGCCAAUCUUUAAGAAAGAUGAUAGGUCCUGUUGUGGUAACUAUAGACCAAUUUCAGUACUAUCAGUUAUAGCGAAAGUUUUGGAGAAAAUUGCAUUUGAUCAAUUGUGUAGUUAUCUUCAUGGUAACAGCAUAAUUGCAAAUCAGCAAUCAGGAUUUAGGAAAAAUCAUUCAACCGAAACGUCCUUACUUACAGUUACAAAUAGAUGGUAUUGCAAUAUGGACAAUGGACUUCUGAACGGCGUUUUAUUUCUGGAUUUAAAAAAGGCAUUUGAUUGUGUAGAUCAUCAAAUCUUACUAAACAAAUUAGCAAUGUAUGGAAUUCGUG